UCAUGGCAAUUCUUCAAGCGUCCUUCAAAUUCUUCCUCCUUGUCUCCUUCGUAGAAUCCAUUGCUUUUGCAGAGCUUACACCGGACUUCUAUGAUGAAGUUUGCCCGGAGGCUUUGGACGUUAUCAAGGAGAUCGUCGAGGAAGCAAUCGCCGCUGAGCCAAGGAUGGGAGCAUCCUUGUUGAGGCUACAUUUUCAUGAUUGCUUUGUAAAUGGCUGUGAUGGAUCGAUUCUGUUGGACGACACUCCGACUUUCACGGGGGAGAAGACUGCGGGCCCCAAUAAUAACUCUGUUAGGGGUUAUGAUGUGAUUGAUCAAAUCAAAAUGGAGGUUAAUACAUUUUGCUUGGGGAACGUGGUUUCUUGUGCUGAUAUUGUAGCCGUUGCUGCUCGGGACUCUGUUUUUGCACUAGGAGGACCAUACUACCAAGUCCUCCUCGGCCGCCGAGACUCCACCACCGCGGGGUAUUACAGUAAUUUGGUCCAGAUGAGGGGGCUGCUGCAUGCUGACCAGGAGCUGUUCAAGGGUGACGGAGGGGACGUGGAGGAUUUGGUGCAAUUCUAUAGUGAAAAUGUUGAUGAGUUUUGGGGUGAUUUUGGUGACGCUAUGAUUAGGAUGGGGAAUUUGAGUCCCUUGAUGGGUGAGGAUGGAGUGAUUAGAGAGAAUUGCAGGUUGACAAGUUAGUUAAUUAGACAAAAAAAAAAUGAUGGGGCGUUUUAAUUUCUUGGUUAGUGGGAGAUUAAUUAAUGUUACGUGUUUGGUUAGUUGCUUGUAAUUGCAUGGAGAAUUUGUUUAUUUUUGGUCCUUGGUGUAAUUGCAUGGGACAUAUGCCUACUUUUGGAUUAGGGUAAAACAUGAGAAUUUAAGAUUUUUUUUUUCCU